CCAAUAGAUACCUUAUAGAAAUUGCGGAUUGUUUACAUUUAGUUCAGCAUUCGUACUGAUGCGUAACUCCGACUGAACGCAAUAUUUAUUACCAUAAAAGGUAGUUCUAUUACACAAAAGUUCGAUAUAGUGACAGUUUAAACCACCGUAAAACAGUAAUUCGCCUCCUAGUCAGGCGAACACUGUAAAAACAGCAAUGCUGUUGUUGAAUUGAAUUUGUUACUCAACAUUAACGGAUAUGACAACACCCAAAAUGAGUCGCAAAGAAUUCAAAUAUGGUAUAUUCAACAAGAACGAAGUGGUGCACAACGUUAACGACGGCAGCCAGAGAACAGUGUUCUCGGGACAAGUCGUCAGGAUAUCCUUACAAGUUGGCAAUAAAUACGUUGUGUCGAUGUUGAAAGAGAACAACAACUGGGAAACACUAUCAUUUGAGACUCCUCAGGAGAGUAUCACGACAGUCAACGAUCGGAUAUGGCCGUUUUUGGCCUCAGUGGCUUCUCCAAGGGAAAGAGUGAAACUGGCAAAGAACAGGAAGAAGUGUGACUCACUGGCAACACUUACUAAAGACUCUGUUGUCGGGUUUGCAGACACGAAUGAUGUUUACUUGGGCACUGUUAGGUACAUUGGUGAAGUCAUUGGUAUUGGCAUGUGUUAUGGGAUACAGCUACAUGAAAAAAAGAAAAACAACAACUGCAACGGUUGCGUGGCAAACACGCAAUACUUCUCCUGUUUGCCGGGCCAAGGUGUGUUCGCGACCGCCGAGCACAUCACCAUCAUAGACACAAACAGAGAACCCACUCCUCCGCCCCCAUGCAAGAACGACAUCGAACGUUUCUUGGAGAAGAACGUGGCGAGCAUAUUCAAGGAGCCGGAACGCGAGGAGAUCGUCACCAAAUACGGCGAGUAUCCGAGCAAGAAGAAAACUAACACCACCACUACGUAUCUAAGGAACUCGCUGUCGCUGCAGGACAUGCUGGACGUGCAGGCGCUUGAGGCCAAUCCCAACAACGAUUUCGAUCAGAACUCGGUGAUCCAGUCGGACAGGACGUACAUGCUGAACGAGGAGUACAAGAAGCCAAAGAAGCAGGAGGUGGAUCUCGUCGAUAUUAUUGGCGGUUGGCCGCCCGCCUCGGAGAAGGUGAAGGAAACUUCGUACGCCAGUUUGAAGAAGAACUUGGACAAGAACGAGAACGUCAGGGAGGAGAAGCUGAAGGUUAGAAGCUCGCCGUCACUGAACAACAAGAAGAGCAAGUUCUACUUGAACGAGAACCCGCCUGUGAUAGUCAAGGAGAAGAAUCACAUUUCAAGGAAGAUGGAAUCUCAUAAAAAGCUGAACGAACGGAGCGAACAGUUGGCCAGAUCGACGUUCUACGUGAACGAGACACCGGAGUACGCGGAGCCGCCGUCCGGUACCACCAACGACCUGUCGGUGGGCAGCGUCGUCGAGGUCUUGAACGAUGUGUCCCAGGAACCGUUGUACGGGGUGGUGCGGUGGAUGGGUAUCGAACGAGGUACUGAUUUUAUAUUGGUAGGCGUCGAACUCGACGAAGAACAGUCUCAUCUGCCGCUCGAACUGAGUGACGGCGUGCACAAGGGAGAGCGGUUCUUCCGGUGCGCCAAGAACCGGGCCCUCUUCGUACCCCUGCAGCAGUGCCAUAAGGAUUCCCGCUUUCAGGAUGGGGCCCCAGUCAAAGUACAGGAUGUUCCUGAGGGGAACAUUGAGUGUCCCGUGAUAAGGGGAGCCGUGGCACCCCUCUGCAUGCCAACUGAAGACGACGUAGAGGCGGUUUGUGGUAAAUACCGGGGCAUCCAGGGUCACCACAAUUCCUGCUAUUUGGACGUCACCCUUUUCAGCAUGUUCACCUACACCUCAGUCUUCGACAGUCUUUUAUUUCGACCCAAAAACCACAACGACAUAGCCGAUUACGAAGAGGUGCAAAGGGUGUUGCGAGAAGAAAUCGUCAACCCACUGCGGAAGAAUCUGUACGUGAGCGCCGACCACGUAAUGAGACUGCGCAAGCUCCUCGACAAGCUGAGCUCAGUUUCCGGUCUGACGAGCGAGGAAAAGGAUCCGGAGGAGUUCCUCAACUCUUUGCUGGCUCAAAUUUUAAAAGCUGAACCGUUUCUUAAACUCAAUUCGGGCCAGGAGGCGUUCCAUUAUCAACUAUUCGUGGAAAAGGACGCCGAUCUAACGUUACCCACCGUACAGCAACUAUUUGAUCAAAGCUUCCUAAACAGCAACAUCAAGCUGAAGGAGGUGCCGUCGUGUCUCAUCAUACAGAUGCCCAGGUUCGGGAAGACCUACAAAGUGUACCCCAGGAUUAUGCCGUCGCAACUAUUGGACGUCACUGACAUAAUUGAAGGCUCUCCCCGACAGUGUAACGUGUGCGGCAAGCUGGCGAAAUGGGAGUGUCAGGAUUGCUUCGACGUCGGCAACGCCGGGUUGGAGAGCACCGGCUACUGCACCGAGUGCCUGAAGACGGCGCACCGACACGAACGACGCCAACACCACAGGCCGGUCAAACUCGAAGUUUCGCAGGACUACUCCAUCAUGGAGCAACAUUGCAGACCGCCCCGUCUGUUCAUGGAGCUCUUCGCCGUGAUCUGCAUCGAAACGUCGCAUUACGUGGCGUUCGUCAAGUGUGGCGUCGGUCACGAGGCGCCUUGGUGUUUCUUCGACUCCAUGGCGGAUAGGCAAGGUGAGAGGAACGGCUUCAACAUCCCCGAAAUGGUGGCGUGUCCGGACAUCUCGCGUUGGCUCUCCGACGACAGCAUCUGUCGCAAGCUGCACGAAGACUUCGAGGUGGACAGGCUGUUGCCUGAGCAUGCGCGGCGAUUGUUGUGCGACGCCUACAUUUGCAUGUACCAAAGUUCCGACGUGAUGAUGUACAGAUAAAGCCGGACUGAACGUUUGCAACCAUGACUGAUUUAUUUCAUAGGUACCAGACGACGAUUUAUUUAUUACAACCAGGGUGGAUGUUGAUGUGAGGUACGAAUGAGGAUAUUUGCGAAACGUUUGCACGUGUUAGGUACUGGGUACUGUUUAAUUUUAAUGUAUGUUUACACACCAUAUAAUAUACAAUGUUUUUAAGUCCUCAAGUUUUUCAAAUUCUUUAAUUUUAUAUAAUUGAAAGGGACUGUUAAAUAUAAUAUAAUGUCUGACUGUUGUGGCUACAAUAAAUAUUAUAUAAUAAAACUUUCCCUUUCAGUUGGAAACUUGAGAUAAAUUUAACAAAUCUUGUUAGAAACACCACCGUUAAUUCCUGCUGUUAAACCUUUAAAAUUGCAAAAUAGUUAAUCAAUAGAGUAUAAAACGGACUUAGAGGGUAAUGAAACAUAAUAUAUGCAAAAACAGGUAACGAAAUAUUAAAUUCUAAAAACAAAUUUAUGAACAGUAUUUUUGGAUACCGUCCCGGUAAUAAUAUGUUUUUUCGAUCAUUUAUAGUCUUUCAUAUCCGGUAGUUAGUGCAAAAUUUAUUAUUGUAUUCGAAAUUAUAUAAUAUAGUGCAAACGAGAACGUAGCAUUAAUUUUAUUGAUGCUUUGUGAUUAAUACUAAACUUUUAAAACAUUAACCAUGAUUCAUUUUAAAAAUAAAGUAUUUUUAACAUUUACAACGCAAAUACUUACUUUAUUUUUAAUUUGAAUAUGUAAAAAACUACGUUUUCCAUUGCAAAAAAUAUGUUAAGCCUAAAAAUCAAUUAGUUGCAAUAUAAUACAAUUUAUGUUGAUGUAAUUAAAUAUUUAAAAAUUAGAUUGAAAGUUGUAAGUCUAUAAAUUCUAUAUUAAUGUUACUCCAAUAUCACAAAAAUAGUUUAAUAUUAAAUUAAAGAAAGCUUAUGCAUUUUAUUAAUAUAUUUUUUUUUUUUGUUAGUAAUUUAUAUGGCAUUGGAGAUAAGUUAAACAGAAUCUUCCAGUUUCUUUGUUUUUAUUUUAGUUUAACUUAUCUUUAUCUGACUUAACGUUGCUCCACUCAUUUUUAUGUUGAUAUUAUUUUUUGUAUAACUCCAAUAACUGUGUUAUUUUUAUUAAGAAAAUUUUAUGAGUUGUUUUUUUUAUUUUGAUGUAUACUUUUUAAUGUCACAUUAUCGCUGUUAAUAUAUGUAAAGCUAUUUAAUUAUUUAUUUUAUAAUAAAGGAAAGGGCGAAUAAAAUUAUUAAUUUA